AACUAAGAUGGAGACCUUCAACUUCAUCUUGCAGCGCGAUGCCCUCCACGCUGCCUUCAUCGCGUCUGCUGAGGCCCGUUUCCGCGCUAUUGUCGCCCUAUAUCCUACAAUUCCGCCAACGCUUGCCGCCGAGCCCGCUCCCCCCGCCGUCACAGAGUCCACCAAGCCCCUCCACGACGCAGCCAAGUUUCCUACAAUCAUCAAGCUUGUCUCGGGUGCGGGCGCGGAGUAUGUCGAGCUGAAGUGCCCGACGUGCCACGCGAACGCCUGCGAGAAGACUUUCCGUAGCCGCCGUAAACAGAAGACGAAGCUCUUCUACUUGGGCGGUGUGGGCGGCAUCAUCAACCAUAUGCGCGAAGUGCACGGCACGGCUAUGAGUUCGCGUGAGCUUUUGGAGGAGAUGGCGGCCAGAGCUCGGCGUCUGGCGUUGGAGGAUAUUGUAGCGAUCAAUAGCGGUGCCAAGGAGAUUGAGAUGGUGCUUGGAGAUGUGAGCAGUGCUGAGAAGAUAGGGGUGGAGGGGAUGUCUCGGACGAAGAAGCCUCAGACGAAGGAGAUGCUUGGAGAUAUGGGUAGUGCGGAGAAGGUGGAGGUGGAGGAGGCCGCUCAGGAGACGAAGAUGCAGGGCAUGGCUGAGGUGAGGGCGUCUGGUUUGGAUCCUACCGUUCGACCGUUCGAGUAUCUGGGCCAGUCGAGGCAUGUGGUGCCUAGUGCGGGUACGGAGCAAGCGAAUGAGGGUGGGGAUUCGAUGGAAAUGGAGUAAGUAACGGCGGGACGGAGGAUGUCUUGCUGUGAAAUGGGGUUGGGUCAAGAUUCUCUUCCCUUGAUAGCUGUAGAUCAGAUGCUUCGCUGUAGCGAUGUUGAACACGGACAAACUACUGCUCAGGCUCCA